GCAAAGCGUAGUAGACUGACUCAAUUCGUACGGCUAGAUCAGACUCCUCUGUGAAAUAUUACAAAAGUUACAAUGUGGGAAUAUAUAGUUUUGAUAGUAGCCAUACCUUAUUUACUGUAUAUAUUUAGUUGGUUAAAGAACUACCAAUACUGGAAACAUAUUAUGGCAAUACCUGGACCAAAAUCUUAUCCUAUGGUGGGUACAAUGAUGCAACUGAUAUUUGACGAAGAUGGCUUAUUUUACAGUGAGAGAAAGCGGUCUAGGGCGUUCUACCCGAUUUAUAAACGAUGGAGUUUCACUUUGUCACUAGUCUGUUUAAUAAGUGCGGAGGAUAUCGAAUUAAUUCUGAAUAAUAUAAAGCAUAUUAAGAAGAGCCACAUAUAUGAUUUUCUGCACGAAUGGCUUGGGACUGGAUUGUUAACAAGUAGUGGCAGCAAAUGGCAGAACAGAAGAAAAAUUCUAACGCCAGCAUUCCAUUUCAACAUACUACAGGAAUUUGUUGGCAUUUUUAACAGAGAAACUGAAAACUUGGUAAAGGUUUUGGAGAGAGACUGUGAUAAACCGUACAUAAAUGUACUGAUACCAAUAACAGAAUUCACACUUUGCUCGAUAGGAGAGACAUCACUAGGCGUAGAUCUAGGCAAAGGCCACACUUCUUACAAGGAGGCAGUUCAUAAUUUUGGCGUCAUAUUAACGAAAAGGAUAAUAAGGCCGUGGUACCACAACGACUUUGUUUAUAGUUUAGCUCCAUUAGCACAGGAACAGCGAAAAGCAGUAACAGUCUUACAUGAGCUAUCAACUAGAGUCAUAAGCGAUCGCAAGAAAUUAUUUUCGGCCGAUGGUCAGAUAUCGUAUUCCGAUAGGAAACGUCUGGCUAUGCUGGACCUGAUGUUGAAGGCGAAGUAUGACGGAGCCGACAUAGAUGAUGAAGGUAUUAGAGAAGAGGUCGAUACAUUCAUGUUUGAGGGUCACGAUACCACUUCGAUGGCAAUAUGCUUUGCCCUGAUGGCACUUGCUAAUGAAGAAAAUAUUCAAGAAGAAAUAUUGGAAGAAAUCGAAGAAGUUCUCGGCCAUUCCGGGAAAUUGCCUACAUAUAACGACCUUGCUGAAUUGAAAUUUAUGGAAAGAUGUAUUAAAGAAUGUUUAAGAUUGUACCCGAGUGUGCCUCUCAUAGCGAGAGUCGCUGGCGAAGAUAUUAAAACACACACCGGUUAUAUAAUACCCAAAGGGUGUGACAUUAACAUUUACAUCUACGACUUGCACCGAUCUACUCAGUACUGGGAAAACCCGGAAAAGUUCGAUCCCGACAGAUUCUUACCCGAAAAUGUUGCGACGAGACAUCCCUUUGCUUAUUUACCUUUCAGCGCUGGAUUUAGGAAUUGUAUAGGUCAAAGAUUUGCUAUUUUGGAGAUAAAAGCUGCGCUUUGUGGUAUAUUAAGAAAGUUUAAAUUGGAAGCUGUAGACACACCACAACAGAUAAAGUACAAAUCCGACUUAGUCUUAAGGCCUGUUGGAGAAGUUAGAGUAAAAUUUGUUUUAAGAAAAUAAAUGUUUUUCCAUAUU